AUGGGAGUCGGAAUUUGUGUGGUCAAUAAUCCUCACUCCAUCGAAUGGAGUCCUUUUAUUGAAAAUCGAUUAGCAGUUGCAACAUCGAACCGUCCAGGUCAUACACCCAUUUCAGGAGUUUUAUAUUUACUUGACUUUUUACCUCAAAAUAAUAUUGAAAUUGAACAUCAAAUUCAACUAAAUGUUGGAUGUCAUCAUGUCUUGUGGUCUCAUCGAAAUGAAAAUGUUUUACUGAGCUCUUGUGACGAUCAUGUUCUUCGAUUUUUUGAUACAAAAAACAUUGAUUGUAUGUAUCGAGAAUGGUUUGAUAAUGAAAAGAUUUCAAACGUGGAUUGGGAUCAAAUAUCACUUGAAUGGAUUAUCACAGGAUCACUUGAUUCCUCUUCCAUAAAAUUAUAUCAAGAAAAUCAAGAAUCUAACGAAGCACUUGACAUUUUUCACACCAAAAAACAUGAACUGGUCAUUAAGGAACAAGAAUCGAAAUUAGAAAAUGUUCAAGAUUUACAAGCACCACCUGUCUAUGAUAUUCAAUGGAAUACUCAUACUCCCAUGCAAUUUUAUACGAGUGAUCGUGAUGGAUUUGUCAGUUUGUGGGAUUUAAGGCAACAUGAAGAUCCAUGUGUCGCAUCUUUUCGGCUACACCACAGAACUUGUGCCAUAAAGUUGGAUGUGAAUGCUUUUGAUGAAUAUUCAAUGGCAUUGGGAUGCUUUGAUCAAUCCCUAAUGACCUAUGAUUUGAGAAAUACUUCGAGACCCAAAGCGUAUUUACCAAAUAUUCACUACUCUCUAAUUACAGGUACCAAGUGGAGUCCACACACACAACAUCUCGUUGCUACAUGCUCAACAGAUAGAACAUUAAGAAUAUGGGACAUGAGAGAGUCGAAUCAAACGCCCUUGCAACCACAACAACAUGUUGGUUCGUCUUCGUCGACAACGUUGACACAAUCCUACGGUGGAAGAGUUUCAAACUUUAAGAAUCAAAAAAUGGAAGAUUGGGUCAACGAUUUGGCUUGGAAUGUGCAUGAAGUGGGUUUGAUGGCCUUGUGUUGCAACGAUCAACUGGUGAAAGCUUAUAACAUUAAAGAAGAUUAA